AUGCUUCCGCUCGCGGCGUCGCUCGCGCUGGAGGAAAGCUCCGCGCGGGGCGUCGUCCGGCGCGCGUUGGUCCUCUCCAACGGCGCGUUGGGCGCGGAGGGCCAGUGCGUGGGACUCGUGCGCGCCCUCGGACUCCACGGCGCCAAUGGCUGGACGAGCCCGCGGGGCGGCGACGUGUUCGACGUGCGCCUGGUCGGCGACGCCGCGCUGAUGAUGUCGCGGCGUCUCGGUGCCGCGUGGUCCGAGCGACUGUCUCACAGCAUGGGGGCGCGCCAGCUCGUCAAGCGCGGCGGGCCGAGACAGGCGCCGCUGCCGUCGUACCUGGAAUGCAUCGCUCGCCUCAUCUCGCGACUGCCCGUCGCGUUGCGCGUGUCCCUGCACGCGCUGUGGGACCGGAUCUUCUCCCAGAGCGGCGUCGGCGAUCGCGUGUGGCUCGGCGCGGAUCUCGCGCCGAUGACGCGGCAGGCGAUGGAGGCGUACCGCCGCGAUCGCACGCGGACGCUCGUGGUCUCGUCGGGGCGAUCCACCGUGCCGGCGUCGGCUGCGCUUCGGCGAAGAUGCGGACCCGCGGUGUUCACCGUGCACUCCCCCGGGCUGUUGGCGAGGGGCAUGGGCGGGGACGGGGUCACGCGAGGUGAGGUUAAGGAGGAGAAGGUGUGCGUGACUCGAGCCGUUCUGCACAGGCUCGACUCGGAGGCGUUGGCGACGGCGAGGGAAAAGUGGCGAAAAGAGUUUGCCACUCGGCCCGGUCCGAGGCUGGUGGUGUGUAUCGGCGGUCCCACGCGGCACGUCAACCUCGGCGGGUGGUCCAGGCGCGAGGAGUCGUCUCCGGGGACGCGAUUCGGGGACGAGGGUGCCGACUUUUGGGGAUGCGCGCGAUUUUUUUUGGCAACCGCGGAGAGGCGCGCGAGGCGCGCGAUCGAGACCGCGAGGGACUGGCGGGGCGUCCGACGGAACGCCGCGGCGGAGGAGGAAUUUGCCGCGGAGGUGGCGGACUUUGUCACGCGAGCGUGCGCGGAUCCGGUCGCGGCGCGACGCGCGAUGGGCUCCGGCGACGACAAAAAACCCAAACCGUUCCGAUUCGGCAGCGCGUUUGUCACCUUCUCGAGGCGAACACCGCGUUCGUUACGCGCGGCGCUGCACCGCCACCUGGCGCGUCGCGUGGUGGAGCUCGCGCACAUCGAUUCCCCGCGCCCCGCGCCGGUGGCGUCCAUGUCCACGAUCGACGAGCGCGACGAAACGAACGACGAAACGCGGGGAGGGAAAAAAACCGACCACCCGAGCCGGCUCGUCUUCGGCCCGAAGAUCGACCCACCGCGGACAGACGUACCCCGCGACCGCUGCGCCUCCCCGAUCCACCUGCCCGUGAGCGACGGGCUGUGGGUGUGGGACGAGACGGGCCCGAACCCGUACGACGGCGCGAUGGCGUGGGCGGACGCGGCGCUCGUCACCGCCGACUCGGCAUCCGCGCUCGCGGAGGCUUCGAGUUUAGGGGUGCCGGUGGUGGUAGCCGGGUGGAGGUUCGCCACGGGCGAGGCGGCGAUGUCGCUCUCCUCGCUCGCGACGUGCGGCGCGGUGCGGGCGAUGGAGGACGUUGGACUCGAUGGAGCGCCGUGGCUCGGAGCCGCCGCGCGCGUCGGCGCCUUCGCGACGACAUCCUCCGACGACGAGUUUGGUUUUGGCGCCGACGCGUUUGGCUUUGGCUCGGCGCGCCGCUCGCGGUGCCGGCACGGGGACGACGUCGCGAAGGCGGCCGCGAGCGUCGCGGCGGCGGUGCGCGUCGACGCUCCGCCCCCGCCGAUCGCGUCGAACGAACGCGACGGGGACCGCGGGGACCGCGGGGACGAAAACCAAAAGGACGAAAACCAAAAAGAACAAAACCAAAAGGACGAAGACGAAGACGAAUCGCCGCGACCGACGUCGCCGCUGUUUCGAUCCGUCUCCGCGCCCCCCAUCGGGACUGUCGACCCGCGACGGAAGCUGUGGUGA